AUGGAGAUUAUCACCACAUUCAAUGUAUUUUUGUGAAAUUUUUGAGGGGUUCUGGAAAUUAAUCAUUUUAGAUGCCAAAAGGAGACUAUCCGUCGAUUAACGAGUACGCGGAAGCGCAGAAGCGGCUCGGAAGCUGUCUGCCGGAAUUCCGGGCCACAAUGGUCAAAUCGGUGCAGAUCGGGUCGACGUUCGGAGUGCCGUUUGGGCUGUACGUCGCGUGGCGGUCAGUUUUCGUGGCGAGACCCAAAAAUGCCGAUUUUUAUUGGAAACACAAUUUUUGCAGGCAACACGGCACGCACGUGAAGCCAUUUCUGGGAAAAACGCUCGCCACGUGGCUCACCUCCACCCUCACAUUCGCCUGUCUCGGAUUGAUGGGCGGCACCUACAAUUGUCUUCGAAUCAAAUUCGAAUAG